AUGAGGAGGCUACUGUGGGAGGGGGAGGCGCUCGCUGGCUUCCUUUACUUUCCGGCAAGGGGCCGAGUGAAGCCCCUUGUGUCUGAUCAGGCGGCCAGCUUGAAUGUGGACAAGCUGGCCGCCUUGGACCAGGAGACACCCAUCAGGGUGCAGUGCCUGGCAGGAGGCGCAACAGUCUUCUGCCAGGACCUUCCCCUGAGGGACCUUCUGGCCGGGCUGACGUACACUACGCAAGAGAGUGGGCAGCCGCCCCAAGCCGCCCAGGAGGACCAGGCUGUCCACGUCCCCGAGGCGGGGCAGCAGGCCGGUCCCGACCCAGAGGUUGGCCAGGUGGUGGUGGCCAAUCCAGGGAAGGAGGCCGGACCCGCCUCAGAAGCUGGCCAGGUAGUGGUGGCCAGCCCGGGGAAGGAGGCAGGCCGCGCCCCAGAGGCUGGCCAGGUGGUGGUGGCCAGCCCGGGAAAGAAGGCUGGCCGCGCCCCAGAAGCUGGCCAGGUGGUGGUGGCCAGCCCGGGGAAGGAGGCAGGCAGCGCCCCAGAAGCUGGCCAGGUGGUGGUGGCCAACCCGGGGAAGAAGGCUGGCCGCGCCCCAGAGGCUGGCCAGGUGGUGGUGGCCAGCCCGGGGAAGAAGGCUGGCUGCGCCCCAGAGGCUGGCCAGGUGGCGGUGGCCAGCCCGGGGAAGGAGGCUAGCCGGGCCACAGAGGCUGGCCAGGUGGUGGUGGCAAGCCCGGGGCAAGAGGCCGGCCCAGCUCCAGAGACUGGCCAGGAGGCCGGCCCGGGGGAGGAUGGCCUGGGCCUGUGGGUCUCGGCCUCUAGGCCGGAGAAAGGGGCAAAAGGAGGCCAGGAGCGCCGGGAUCUCCGCGGAUGGCGAGGGAGCAGGACUCGUCCUCCGAAGACCAGAGAAGGUUCCCCAAGGGAGGAGCAGGGCCGCGGUCUGUGGGACAACCUGCUCGCCAUUGCACAGACCCUGUCCCUCACCCUGGUGGUGUACUCCGCCCUGCUGGAGUACUUCCCCGACUGA